AGAGACCCAGUUUCCUGGUUUCUAGUGGGGUAAGCACAUAGCGCAAAAAAGAAAAUGUGUACUAGAUCGCCAGUAGUCUCUUCGGUGAUCGGAUGCAGGAGUGAGAACGCCAUGAAUGGAACGCAAACGAUUGUCUGUCUCUGCCUCGUGAUUACAUUAAACAUGAUUCGUGCCGAAGAGAACACUGACCCGAACGAAGAUCUGCGAUACGAUAUUUCGCAAGGAAUCACGUUGCGCACCUCCAAUAAUAAAACGAGCAUUGUUAUAAGAAUGUCGACUCUAUUUAAAAAAAGCGACGAACAGAGGAACAUGGCCAGAUUGAAAUUUAAGAAGGGCAUUUUCCAAAGAAUCGGCAUGGCGGUGAUGAUGUUCCCUCUUAUAAUGCAGAUGGUGAGCUUGCCAGCUACGCUAGCGUCCAUCAAGCUGACUCUGAUACGAAGCUUAGUGGUGGGAAAAAUAGCGUUGGCUAUCAUGUUCUACAACGCGAUCCGAAACUCGCAGAAAUCGGAAGUCGUGUUGGUCCACAGACCCGAAUAUCACGAGCACUAUUACCACACGUACCACCAACCGGAAGACGACGACGAAGGAUGGUUCGGAAGAUGAAAGUUCUUCGAAUAAAAUUUACGAACAUUGCAUUAUUACUAAAUACAUUUUUUUACCUGACAAAGUGCACUGUGCUGUGAUUUCUGUAAAAAUUGUAACGUUUUUUAUGAAAAUAUAAGAUGACUUGUAAUCGAACGGCAGUUAAACGCUGAAACGAAAUAGUUAGCCGAAUGAACGUUCCGUGAGACGAGUAAUGGCAAGAUACUCGAGGUGACCUACUUAGUGCCUCGUGUAACGGCAUUUUGGUCCAGAUUCUCAAGUCUUUGGUACCACGCGCCUUUUCCCUUUUCUCCACCGUUAAAUAUACAUCGAAAUCGAAAUUAAUACACAGCUCGAUUUCGACAAACGUCGCAUCGUGAAACAUUUCGAUUUUUAAGUAGAAGAAUGAGUUUCCACGAAAGGUGCAACGUUGCGUGCUGACUGCCAAUCGUUAGAGGCGGAUAUAUGGGCGAAUGUUUAGGGCACGUAACGAAAGUCUUGUCAAUGUCGAAUUUAUUUUCCAAGGCCUCGAUAUUCGCGCUGCGUAUACGUGCCAGAAACCCACCUUCCGUUUGUAUAUUGUAUCGUUAGUAUGCCACUGCCAUCGAUCCUAUAUCGACAGUUAGCCAUACCGAAUCGUAGCUAUACCGUUUUCUAAACUACAAAAUGCACGAUGCACAACGUAUACGUGGUAAAUCCACCUGGUCUAAUCUCUCUAUUCCUUGCCGUUUAGAUCAUCCUCCUUGGCUCGAGUUUCGUGUCAAACCGUCAACUCCCUUCAAUCUUAAACAUCCCUCUUUUCAUCUCUUAAAUAAAUGUAACUUUUUUUAAAUAAAUCAAGAAACUUUCAGAAGAGAAAACCUUGUGAAUUGUAUAAUUGUCGAAGGGUUAAAUUAUAAGCGACUAUUACUACUAUUCCAUAAUUGAGCUACUUGAAGGUACAGAACGAAAGCGAA